UGGGGAGGAGAGAGAGACGCUGAUGGUUUUAUGCCAAUGCUUAAUUUGCACCAUCGAUCCACCGGGCGCCCUUGUGAAAAUUCUGGUUCCUGGAAUUGCACCCUGUUUUCCAUCCAGGAUCUGCUUUUGCAAGCCAUUCUACACAAUGCUUCCAGAUGCUGGAACAUAUCACUUUCCUUGGGAAAUAAACUCUACUUCAGUACCGGAAGGGAAAGCCCUGAGAACAUAUGGCAGGCUUCACUCUUAUGAUAUGGCUAUUUCACAAGCCAUCUUAACAGCUCAGCAUGCAUCUGAUCAGCACUGUAUUCCAGUUUGCACAAAGUUUGUAGAACCCUUUCAGGCCCAGCUUGGGUCUUUGUAUAUUGUCCUGGGGGAAACUGAAUUAAAGGAUGGUGAGAUGAUUAUAAAGGCUCGAGUAUUUACAUGUGUAGAAGGAAUAAAUCUUCAGUUAUUGGAAAAAGCCAUAGGGGAACAAAGAAAGUAUUUCCAGGAGAGAAGGAAAGAUCAUGAAGGAAGCAUAUGUUAGUCUAUGCUUCAGCCAGCAUUUAUUUUCGAACACAAAAUUUGUUCUGUAUAUGAUCACUCAUCUCUUGCCUUUAUUCCUGGUGUUGUAGAUUAUAUUGCUUUCUGAAUACUUAUUUAAAAUUGGUUUGAUGCAAUGCUUUAGACUCAGAACUGGUCUUUAUAUUAGAUUGUGAAUCUUAUACUUAAUUCUGUUUAGAAACCCAUAUAAACAAUAGAACAUGCAAAGGGCUAAUAUAAAUCUUUAUUUUGAAGAUGAUUUUGGGAAAUCACAGAAGCUUGAUCAUUAAGUUGUUUGGAAGCAAAUAAGUUUUUAAUAUGCUAAAGAAACCAACAGUUGGUGGCUGGCUAGGGGCAUGGUUUUUCAUUUUAAUUUUAUUGAUAGAAAAAAGUAUUUUCACUGGCUUAGAAUGUCCCCAUUUCCUUAUAUACAACUUCCUUGUUUUCCUGACAGUUGUUGAACAUCUUAAUCUUCCAUUUCAGAAUAUAUCAGAAUUGUAAAAUAAUGCAGCUUUUAAUUUGAGCCUGAAAUAAAACAACAUGCUGGUUCUAGAAAGUAAUAAAAGGAACUUUUCCUUUAUUUUUCAAUUUAUAUUAUAGAAUCCUACUAAGAUAUGUCUUGUUGCCUGUAUUUAUAUUUAUGUGACACUGUAGAUGUGAUCAUUAGGCUUUAGGUAGAUUGUAUCAAUGUGCUAAUGACAUCCAUCUUAAUAAUUUUCAUCAGGACCAUCAUGAAACUAUAUGUGUUUGCAGCUAGAAAAAUAAGUUGAAUAAUAUCCAAUUUGUUGGCCAGAUGUGGUUCCUAGAUCUUGAAAUCAGUGAUAUGGGUCCUGUAUAUGAGCUGGGCAUUGAUCAUAAGAGAGCAGACCCAUGGUAUGAGGGGUCUUGUUUCUAUCUUACAGAGCCCUACAGAGUUAUUGAAUACCUUUCCCCAGCUGCAGCUGAUUUUUCAGUUAUGUUUAUCUCUGGACAGAGGUAAUUUCUCCAUAAUAACUCAUGCUCUAAUUAAGUCCAAAAUAGAAUUUUAUAUGUGUGCUUUAUGAAGCUGCCCUUAAGAAUGGCUAGGGGACUGGUUUGACAAGACUGUAUAAUAUCAGAUUUGUUAGAAAGCAGCACUGCUCUCCUCUUGGCUAAAUACACAAUUCUCACUAUUCUAGUUACCUAUCACCAUAGGAUGGUUAAAAGAAUUACUACUCAACAUCUACAUCUGAUUUUUAGUAAUACAUUGUAGAAAUGCAUAGUUUAUCAACAUUUAAGAAAUUAACAGAUGCCUGUUAGUACCUGGACUUCAUCAAGGCUUUUUCCUAUUCAUUUUUUUAUCUUAAAGUUGAAACUACCUUAUAUUGUUAAUGUGUGUAUGCUUACUU